AGCCAAGUUCCGUACUUACAAGAAAGAGAAGUCCUCGAUGGCCACGUCAUCCCCGGUGCGGACUGUAUUUCUUCCCGGGAGUGUAGCGCGGGUACCCUUCAAGGAGAGCGAUGUUUUCUUUGAAGAACUGGGGCGUACUAAACAGCUACGGGAGACCGCCUUCUACGCGCGGGAUUUCGACGCGACGACAAAGCGGACAGGAGCAUUCGAAAGCGUUCCGAUCGAUCGUUACGAACAUGAGCGGUUCGUGAACACAGCGAAAAAAGCGGUCAGCGCUUGUUUAAAAGCGGUUUUGGAGGCAAGCUUUGUUCUUGAUACUGUUCCUGGUAGAGGUCCUCGUGGAAUAAAUACAUCAAAUCAAGGCCGCGGAGUUGGAG